AAUAACCUUGUUACAAACCCAGACAUAAAUACAGAUACCAAGACCCGCUCCGUAGGCUCCCCAAUCCUCUACCUCCUCACACCGCAGCGCCCACUGGCCGCUUUCCACCGUAACCAACGCCGCACGGUGUACUCCGUACGUCUGGCAAAGGGGCGGGGUUGGUACGUCAUUGUCCACGCGGACGAGGUAAGCCGGGAGCACAGGCGGGGAUAUAGCGCUGAGAAGCCCAAAGCGCGGAUUGAGGCGUUCGUUGUUGGGCCUGGUUUUGAGAUCGGGGAGAGGCUUCUUUUUUGUUACCGGAUGCAUCUGAGGGAGUACAUCUUUGAAAUGGGAGAAAUGUUCCACAAGGUUGUUGUUCCAGGCUUUGAGUUCGCAGGGCAUGAUUUCCUGCGCAAAGAGCAGAUGGAGGAAGUUCUGACCGCCGGGCAAGUUCGGAGAUUACGCUGGAUGCUUAAAGAACUAAGCAGUCCUAGCCAGGAAAGCAAAUGA